AUGACCGAUACGACAAUCCCAACGUCGCCGGGCUCCUCAGCUGGUUUCGAUCAGCUGCUCCAAGCUUGGAUUGAUGCAGACGACUCUUUGACAGGGCCGCUCGACGAGCAAUUCAAGCUUAGUCCCGAGAGUGUGGAGGCCGAUUCCUACGGCCAGCAGAUGCUUAAUACAGAGGCUGUGCAAACUGCAGACAGUUCGCGACCCAAGCAGCGACAGCGGUUCUCUGAUGCCCAGAAAGCUCUCUUAAACAACUGGGUCUUGACGCAUUUGGAUGAUCCGUACCUCUCCACUGCUGAAUGUGCAGAUUUGACACAGCAGACGCAACUCUCGGCGACGCAAGUCAGGAUGUAUGUUUCGAACUUCAGACGGCGAAAACUGAACAAAGGCGACGAUAUUGCCCGUGAGUUGGGUGCAGAUGAAGCAAGUCCCGACAGGCAUGUGUCUUGUCACAGUGAGGGAAGUAACAACGACAAAACCUCGCUUGAAGCACGCCCGCCGAGUCUACGCGAAGUCUCCGGCAACUACACUUUCCGGGCUAACUCGCCAGAUGUAACGGCUGUCGACCAGUCUGCCGGCAGUGGGCAGGCGAGACAGGUGCCGACCUACAGUGACUGGACCGGUUCGUUUGUCGAAUGGUACCUCGAAGCGUCGCAGUUCGCAGAUGCGCCAGAGCAGCAGAGCAACUCACGGUUGUGCUCCCCUAACGCGGAGGAACAUGAGGAAUUGCGCUGGACGCAAGACAGUGUUUUCCUCCCUGAUUCUGAGUUCAACAUGACUGUCGACAACAUGUCUGAGGUGGAUAACAGCAGCGAUCACGGCCUCCUACGACGAAGUCCCGGAUCCGUAAGAAGUUCUGCACGAUCAGUGGGAAGCAGACCAGCUUCUAGUAAGUCGGCAACGACAGUAGUGUCAGCGGACAGUCGUGUCUCUAAAGGCUCACGCCGUGGUCGCAAGGCAUAUGGUUCAACGAAGCGCCAGGCAUCCAUCGCCAUUGUCUCCGCGUCUGGAUAUCCGUCCGAUACCAACAUACGGGUGUCCAUCGAGAUGCUGGGCGCAAAUUGCAGCAAAGAGAUUCUCAGGACCAAAGCAAUCAGGUCAAUUUCGGGGAACGCCGAGUACGAUGCGAGCCACGAAAACUUUACCAAAGUCAAUUGCUUAGCUGAUGCUGAGUUCCAGGUCUUGGUCAAGGACACGGGAUUGUUUAGGGACCAUCUCCUUGGCCACAGUAUCUUUUUUGUCUCAGACCAAGAAGAAGGGUUCGAGCAGACCGUUAACGCUGGCCAGGGCACAGUCGUGAUUCGAAGCAGUUUCGAAGCGACAGAAAACAUCGGAAAGACCUCAGCGCUGCGAUGCCCAAUCUGCCGCAAAUCAUUUGCGCGGCCUUACACCUUGAGGCGCCAUGUCACGUCGGUGCACUCGGAACAACAAGCAUGGAUCUGUCGGCCAGUCAAUGACUUUGAGUCUAAGCGCUAUCUACUCUGUCCCGUAUGCUCUGGUGACCCAGAAGUCUGCAGCCAUUCGGAGACGCUCCUGUCGUGCUGGAACCACCCAGAUUCCGAGAGGACUUUCUACCGCAAAGACGCAAUGCGCGAGCAUCUGAGAAGGAUGCAUGGACUAGGGAGUUGCAUGAUGCCUUCCAAAGGCCCAGCCGUAGCUCUCGGACGUGCGCUGUGUCAAUUUGUUUCCCAGCACGAGAGCUAUUUGCCGUCUGCUGAGGAGCUGGAACGAGCCGCUGCAGUGUUCCCAGAAUUUGAUGGUCUGAGUUCGUGGUUCCCUGGUGAACUGUUUGCUGCUGCCCGCCUCUCCUUUCUACGGGACUGCAUCGAUCGAGUACUCUAUCUGAAGGCUGCUGGGGCAGUCUGCAACGUACACUGCCCGUCCGCGAAUGCUGUUGAAACUAGUCUGUACGACAUGCUAGCCAAUGAUGCCGAUCAGGGAGACAAAACGUCCAGGCAGAGUUUCAAUCGUCACAGUCUUGAGCUUCUUCAUCUCAAGAUGUACAUGCGGCCCAGUUUCCGUUGCACGGACUGUGAUCGCUUCGAUCGAUGCUGGCACAAGGCUCUACUGGCGAGUCUGACACAAAACAGGCCACUUGGGAUAACAGGAUUGCUGCUCAGUCCUGUCAACUUUGUGCGCUCCUCGUGCCUGAACUUGACAUCUACAUACCUCACAGUAGAUGAAGCUGACCGGGUCUUGAAGCUGCGUACAAUGCCCCCCUGUGCCAGCCACACACCAUUUGCUUCUCAACCAAUGGCUGCCAAUCAAUCCGAAUCCCUGCUGCCCGGACACUAUUCGCUGGUCAGCAACCAGUCCUCACUGCUUGACACUCAGAUACCGGCUACGGAUAUCUCCUCAACAGCUGCUGACUUCCCAUCUGAGAGUGACCCAAUACCGAGGGAUCCCCGUAGCCCCCCUCAUGUGGAGAGCGGCUCUAGCUAUGAUGACAGCUGGUGGUCACUCAUAUGCAGAGGCGCUCCAACAAGCAUGCAAUUCUUGGACGACGAGUUAUCCGCCAUGUACAUGGACACUAACGAGUCGCCUUGGGGGCAUUCAGACAUGGCAGCAAAUGAUGAAGCGUGCAAGUUUGGAUCGAGUUGA